CAGGCCCUGCGACUAGGAGAGUCACGUGAGGGUGGGCGGUGGAGGCAGGGGCUGGUCCCAGCUGUUUCUUCGUCUCUAUGGUUGCCGGAGGUGGGCGGCCUUGACUGAAUUGCUGCCGGCCCUCUGCCGUGGACGGGAUGUUUCGUCUUAAUUCACUCUCUGCGUUGGCAGAGCUGGCUGUGGGCUCUCGAUGGUACCAUGGAGCCUCCCAGCCUACUCAGGUCAGGAGAAGACUAAUGAUGGUGGCGUUCCUGGGAGCAUCUGCAGUAACUGCAAGUACUGGGCUUUUGUGGAAGAGGGCUCAUGCAGAAUCUCCACAAUAUGUGAACAACCUAAAGUCGGAAACUGGUGAUAAUGGGAAGAAUAAAGAUGAAGGAGAAGCUUACAACCAUGAGAAAAAGGCUGCAGAUACUUCUCUUGAGCCUUAUCCAGAAGAAAAAAAGAAGAAACGUGGAUUCAGAGACAGAAAAGUGAUGGAAUAUGAGAACAGGAUUCGAGCCUACUCUACACCAGACAAAAUCUUUCGCUAUUUUGCUACCUUGAAAGUAAUCAAUGAACCUGGUGAAGCAGAAGUGUUUAUGACUCCGCAAGAUUUUGUGCGAUCCAUAACACCUAAUGAAAAACAACCAGAACACUUGGGCCUGGAUCAAUAUAUAAUAAAACGCUUUGAUGGAAAGAAAAUAUCCCAAGAACGAGAAAAAUUUGCUGAUGAAGGCAGCAUAUUUUACACCCUUGGAGAAUGUGGGCUCAUAUCCUUUUCAGACUACAUUUUCCUUACAACUGUUCUUUCCACUCCUCAGAGAAAUUUUGAAAUUGCCUUCAAGAUGUUUGACUUGAAUGGAGAUGGAGAAGUAGACAUGGAGGAGUUUGAACAGGUCCAGAGCAUCAUUCGCUCCCAAACCAGCAUGGGGAUGCGUCACCGGGACCGCUCUACCACUGGUAACACCCUCAAGUCUGGCUUGUGUUCAGCCCUCACAACCUACUUUUUUGGAGCUGAUCUCAAGGGGAAGCUGACAAUCAAGAACUUCCUCGAAUUUCAGCGUAAACUUCAGCAUGAUGUUCUGAAGCUAGAGUUUGAACGCCAUGACCCGGUGGACGGGAGGAUUACUGAGAGGCAGUUUGGUGGCAUGUUGCUGGCGUACAGUGGGGUGCAGUCCAAGAAGCUGACUGCCAUGCAGAAGCAGCUCAAAAAGCACUUCAAAGAGGGAAAGGGCCUUACCUUUCAGGAGGUGGAGAACUUCUUUACUUUCCUGAAGAAUAUUAAUGAUGUAGACACUGCUUUGAGCUUUUACCAUAUGGCUGGAGCGUCUCUUGAUAAAGUGACCAUGCAGCAGGUGGCCAGGACGGUGGCUAAAGUGGAACUCUCAGACCACGUGUGCGACGUGGUGUUUGCGCUCUUUGACUGCGACGGCAACGGGGAGCUGAGCAAUAAGGAAUUUGUUUCCAUCAUGAAGCAGCGGCUGAUGAGAGGCCUGGAGAAGCCCAAAGACAUGGGCUUCACCCGCCUCAUGCAGGCCAUGUGGAAAUGUGCGCAGGAGACCGCCUGGGACUUCGCUCUGCCCAAGUAGGAGCGCAGAGCUGCAAGGUGGGGCCGCCGCCUGCACCCCAGGCACCCUGGACCCUGGAGCCCCUGAGCAAGAGCCCCAGCAUGGCCCUUCACACAGCUGCCUCUGGAAGUAGUGUGCCCUCCCUCCCAGGAGCGGCCUGGCCACUCCCCCUGUCCCCUCUGCUAGGCACUGGCUCUGCCCGUGAGUAGCCCCGUGGAUUCUCACAGACACAGUCCCACGAGCUUGGCCCUGUGGCCCGGCCGGCGGCACCUUGAAUGGAGGUGCAGGGACCACGCACCCCUGCCAGCCGGUCCUCAGCUCACUUCCGCCGCGGGUUUAUACCAGCAAGGAUGCUCCUUGCUUCUCCUUGGGCUGCAGUUGUGUCGUGCUUUGCUUUAAGUACAAGCUGGGGAGAUCGCUGGCAGGCAGAGCGCAGUCUGUGAUAACAAAGCUGACCCAGCCGGCCAGAGGAGGGAUCCGUGUCGCAGCCCGGGCUGGCUCUGCAGCCAGGUCCGAGAAGGCCACACGCUCAGUGGGACCAGAGCGGGACUGCAGAUUCAGAGUAGCUGCUCGCGGCUCUGCGGGCCGCCGCCCUCCUGCCUCCCCGGCUCAGCUCCCUGCGCCGUGACUGGGCUCACAUCCCCGCCAGUGCCACCGAGCAGCCCUCAGAAGCUGAGCCUGUCUGCCCUGUGGCUUAAAUACUUGUGGACUAUCACUUUCAUUAUUAAUUAUAAUGGUUUGCAAUAAAUGCCUCCAGUGGCUCCUGUCGCCUUUAUUCUAGG